AUGUCGCUGGAAGGAGGAAUAGAAAGCUUGAAGAUUUUGAAUGAAGAAGCAGAUGAUUCUGAUUCUGAGAACUCUGCUGAGGCAACAUUAAAUAAUUUCAGGAAGGAGUGGAAGUCAGAAUUAGAUUCUCGGCACGAGGAGCCAAAUACGUCAGCGGAAGCUAGAAGCAAGCAUGAUCAGUUGCUACACGAUGCUCUUCAUCGCCAUAAUGAAAAAUCGCUGCAGCGAACAUUACACAUCCGCAGAUCGCUUCACCAGUUCGUGCCUUAUGAAAUAGUGGAUCAAAAAUUCGAUAUGAAAUUACAUUUUGGAGAUGGAAAAAAACGACGAGCUCAUUGUGUGUUGCAAAUUCUUGAAUAUAGUUUUACAAUAACUUAUUUGGAUGGUAAAAUAUCUCACAGUUGUCUGGAUACUACUGAUUGUCAGGCAUAUCCAACAUUGUUUUUCAGUCGGGUGAAAAGUUAUGCUAUUUGA